ACCAGCAGCAGCAGGCGUGUGUCUGUCACAGGAAAACACCGCUGCGGGGAGUGAUACCGCCCUCUCCCCGCGUCCAUACGGCCUUAGUCUCAGUCUCACCCUUUUCAUCGGGAUGCACUGAUCCGGACCGUGUGUAUUUGUGCCUCGUAGGGCUUCACCGGCUGCGGCUGCUCCAUGCGUCAGGACAGGGAAUGGAGCAGGAAUCUGGUACCACGGCGGCGGUGUCCGCGGCUGCGGGGACUUUCCUGUCCCUGAACGAGCACGAGCAGCGGUAUUAUUCGGGGUUACACGCCGUGUGUCAGGCUGACACUUCGGGGAAACUAUCGUCUCCUAAAGUGGCCGAGCUGUUCAAAGCGUCUCAGCUGACCCCAGAAGCCUUGCAUAAAGUGACGGAGGUGUGUGGAGCCAAACGCCUGGGAUAUUUUGGCACAGCCCAGUUUUAUGUGGCCCUGAAGCUUCUGGCUGCGGCCCAGUCUGGACUCCCCAUUCGCCUGGAGAGCGUUACAGCCAACCUCCCGUUGCCCAGAUUUGUGGGACUGCAGACUGAGGCAGACGUUCGGUACCCCUCCAUUCCAGCAGGGGGAGUAGAGGGACAGGUGGCCCAGAGUGUGACAGGACCUGGAUUCUCCUGGACCAGUGCGGACAGGAGCGCCUAUAGACAUGUGGAGCCCGGGGCUGAGAAGAAAGAGCUGUGGUCUCCUCCCAGAUCACCGUGCACCUCGCCCCCUCACUCUCCCUCCAGUUACCGCAGCUACCCUUAUUCCAGGAACGGAGUAGAGCCACAUAUGGCUUAUGAUAUGCACUCAUCUCGCCCAGUGGUUCAGCUGGAGCCACACUCUUCUCCCAGUAACUACGGGACCAAACCCUCUGUAGACCUCUCCUCUGCUGCUGCUAUUGUUCGGGCUGGAUCCUCUGAGCGACUUGACCAGCAGGGGGCGGGCUACCCUGAUGAUGACCCCUGGAGGAUCACAGAAGAACAGCUACAGUAUUACACAAACCAGUUCACCAGUCUGCAGCCGGAUCUGGGGGCACUCAUUAUAGGGGCUGUUGCCAAAGACUUUUUCACUAAAUCAAAGCUGCCAAUCCCAGAGCUGUCCCAUAUUUGGGAGUUGAGUGACAUGGACCGAGAUGGAGCGCUCACGUUUUCUGAGUUCUGCACAGCCUUCCAUUUGAUCGUGGCUCGUAAAAAUGGCUACCCCCUCCCCGAGAGCCUGCCCCCCACCCUCAGACUGGCAUUUGUACAGCCAGAGGAGGAUGUCCCGGACACGCCUGAAUGUGCUGAGCCACUUAUUGUCUUUGAGGACACUGAGGUGAAGCACACUCAGAAUCUUGACAUUGUGGAAAGACUUCAGCCACAAAUAAAACCAAAUGCAAGUGAGGAGGUCACUAAACAAGCUGAUACCACUGUGAGGAUAGCAGCAUCACUUGACCCCACUCCACAACUUACAACCUUUCCUCAAAGACCAGAGCCUCCACAGGAGCUGGACCCACAAAUGAAGAUGAAAACUAGGCCCAGGUCAUACUCCAGCACUUCUAUAGAAGAUGCCAUGAAGAAAGCAGAGGAGCCGCCCACGCCUCCUCCCCGACCACAAAAGUCCCACUCACGGGCCUCAUCUCUGGACCUCAACAAGCUUUUCCAACAGGGUGCAUUAGGUGCAAAAAGUGGUUGGCUUCCUCCACCUCCUGCAUUGCCUCCCAGACCGGCGCCCUCACAGGUCCCCCAUUUCGUCCCAGAGAAACCUCUUCAAAGCAAGGUGCAGCAGCCAAACUUUGCUGACUUCAGUCACUUUAGAGAAGAGGAGGAGCGCAGUGUAAAGGUCGAAGGUCAAAGUGCACACUCCAGAUUUGGACCAAGUACUGAAGACUUGACUGGCACUUCCAAACAGGAUUUGCUCCAUAGUGCACCACAGAAACCAGUUCGUAGGAAAUACCACACAGAAGUUCCAAAUAUGGACGUACCACCAUCUGCAAUGACACUGGCUCCUCCUACCAAGGCUCCUCAGAAGGUGUUGUCCAGACAGAAGAGGGAGAUCCAAAUGGCUAUCCGUAAAAACAAGGAAACCAAUGCAGUGCUGAAACGUCUCAACAGUGAGCUCCAGCAGCAACUGAAGGUGGUUCACCAGGAGAGGGUCACCUUGGAGUCCCAGCUGGAGCUUGUGCGGCCUGUGGCUACUACAUGACUCAGACUGGACUAAGGUCACAUGGUCUUACUUCAGCCUGAAGUCUUUGUUUGGACUAUAGACUCUUCCACAAAGUCAGUAUGCUGAACUUGUAUCUCCUGAGGUGCCCCACUGGGACAUGUUCAAGUUCUUCAACUACUGCAACAUGCUGCAAGACAAUGUAUUUUAUCAUAACUGUAUUAAAUGGCUGUGUAAGUUAUUCUGCUUCACUGUGGGAUCCAAACUUAUUUGUGUUACGUGCAUUUGUUCUUUAAAUCUCAUUUACCACCUGUCUAUGCAUCUCACUGUUAUGAAGUACAACUUUUUGAUUGUUUACAUAAUGAAUGAAUGAAUUCAUAGAUCAGGCGUAACAUUUUGUAGCUCACUGUCAGUGGUGGGUGUUUGUAUAAUGACAUGCUACAUGUUAUACAGCCCUAUAUUUUGGAGAUGCUCGCAGACAUCUAGCCAUCUCAGGUCGUCAAACUGACUAUUAGACUUGCCUGUUGUAUUUCUUAGUAGUUUGUCCCACCCAAAAAUGAAGAGAUAAACUUUGUUACUAUAAUAUUACGCCUGAUCAUUGUAUAGUACUGUCCAAUGUACGCACCCACAAAUGAUGGUGCUGCAGACCUGUUAUUGCACUGCUAAUAAAAUGCACAUUGCAAAGUUGUACUAAAUUUAUUUAUAAUUAUGUUUUUAUCAUUUCUGUUCUACACACUCCAUAUGAUUGUUAGGGCACAAGGAAAGAUUAUGAAGAAUAUAUAAACUAAACAAUGUACUUUUUAAUUUAAGAUUUGUAACAUGACAAUUCUAUUUUUCCAUAAUGCAUCUAUAUUUUUGUUCAAGACAUAAACAUUACAUGAAUUAUUUUUAUCAUUAAAAAUAGCACAAACUGAAUGGAUUAGCGUGCUAUUAAGAGUGCUAUAUUUGGUGAAAGAAAAAAAACAUGAUUGCCUUCCUGGAUGUAAUGUGAUGCUGCAUGUUUGAUCAGACUGGACAGGACAAAGUGCUUUCCUGUGCACAGUUGACAAUAAACCAAUAAAGUUGUCUAUUUUU